AUGGGGCUCCCUGAAGACUCUGAAUUACGGGAGUCAUUGACGAAAAGACCUCCCGAGGAUAUGAGGCAACUUAUGAGACGCAUAGAGGAGUACAAACGUCUGGAGGACGAUCGGCUGCAGAACAAGGGGAAAGCUCCGUUACUCGGGAGAUCUCGGCAAGGCGUUGUGCCGGCAAGACCCAAAAAAGACUUCAGAAUGCAGGAACCAGAGGUGCCAAUUGAAGGAGUUAAUGUGGCGUUCAAAGAGCCCGUGCACAAAAUCUUAGAUCGGAUCAAGAACGAGUUAUUCUUCAGAGACAAAGGGCACACCACCGAGCAGUGUCGGGUACUAAAAGAUCACCUCGGGCAGCUAGUAAAGGCAGGGUACCUGAAAGAGUUUGUAGUAGACUCCAAUGACCGAGAAGCCGGCCAAGGCGUCCAACAGAAAAGGAACCCCCUCCCGCCACCACUGGGGGUGAUCGAAGUCAUUCACGCUGCACCGAGAGGAACGGCAGCAGCAAAAAGGGUAUUGACAGUGGCUUGCACGGAAAGAGAUUCAGCCGAGAAGAAGAAGAAAGUUGAACGGCUGACCAUCUCAUUUGGAGAAGACGAUUUGGAAGGGACGGUCCAACCUCAUGACGAUGCACUGGUGGUGACGGCUCGGAUAAGCAGGUUCCUGGUGAAGAGGGUAAUGAUAGACCAAGGAAGCGGGGCUGACGUCAUGUACCCAGACCUGUUCGAAGGGCUCAGAUUGAAGACCCAGGAUUUGGCGAAAUAUGACACGCCGCUGGUCUCAUUUGACGGGAGAGUCGUGAUUCCCGAGGGACAAAUCUCUCUCCUGGUGGACAUGGAAGGCAAGGGAGUUAUAGUGACCUUUAUAGUAGUCUGA